AUUUCAAAGAGGUUAAAACUUAAGAUCUAAAGAAGGACAAGUUUCUUAGGCAAAUUUCUACAAAACUCUUUCAUACUUAAAGAUAUUUGCUGUUGUUCGGCUGUUAGCCGAUAGAGAGCCCCAAAAUGCAACUAAUGGUAUUGAUUUUAAAACAAAAUGGCACUAAGGUUCGGUUACCAGUAGCAUUAGAUACUUAUUUUUUUAUUUAUUUCUGACAUUACACAACAGCAUUCAAAAAUAAUAAUGGUUAGGUACUACAAAUUAAGUCAGUUUAAAUUAUUAUGGUAGAUCUAAAAAAUGGUCACAACAAGGCUUUUGUAAACAGCAAACAGUUAACACGAAAUAGACGAAGUUGCAUCAGAAAAAGAAAUGCAUUUUUAAAUAAAAAUAAUAAUCACACAAGAGAAAUGCUUAGUACACGCGAUUCUGCUUCACAGUUUCUAGUUGAUAGUGAUGGUGGAGAAGGAACUGUAAACAAAACUCCAAGUUUAUCACGAGGGAAAAAGAUAGGAAUACUAGCACUCAUAUUGCUCAUCCUCGUCUGUUUUCUUGUCGCUUUCUUGUUAAGAACUCUUGCAAACGAUGAUAACAAAGAACUCGUACCCCCCAACCCUACUAAACAAUUACCCUCUUCAGCAUCGAAACUUAAGAUAUUCAAAAAGGCAGCUGUUUGCGCUGAUGGUCCCCCUUGUGCUGAAAUAGGAAAGUCAAUAUUAGAACAAAAUGGAUCUGCGGUCGAUGCAGCACUUGCAGCAAUGUUCUGCAAUGGACUGGUCAACAUGCAAAGUAUGGGAUUAGGGGGAGGGUUUUUUAUGACAAUCUAUACGCGAGACACGAAAACUGCUGUCACAUUAGACGCCAGAGAAGCCGCCCCUCUCAAAGCUACCCCCGAUAUGUACAAAACUGAUCACGACAAAUCAAAAAAAGGUAUUCUUGCGGUGGGUGUUCCCGGAGAAUUAAAGGGAUAUUGGGCGGCUCACCAACGGUUUGGAAAACUUCCAUGGAACAAAAUAAUUGAGCCCACCAUUGAACUGUGCGAAAGGGGCUACAAUAUAAGCAAGGUCCAAUAUGACGGCAUGCUCAGCAGCCCCCACAUGAAGAACGAUCCCGUUCUCAAAGAAUGGUUUGUUAACGAGAAAGGUAAUUUUAAUGCCCCAGGAACCCUUGUAAGACCUACCAAACUUUGUGAUACGCUGAGACUGAUAGCCCAAAAUGGCGGUGACGAUUUUUAUACGGGAAACAUGUCCCGAAUGAUCGUAAACGACAUAAAGGAACUGGGGGGUAUUAUUAACGAGGAAGACUUAAAGGUUUACACGGCAAAAUGGCGUGAACCAAUUUCGGUAACAUUUCAAAAUGAAGACCGCUUAUAUUCAGUUCCACCCCCUGCGUCUGGAGUCUUAUUAGGGUUUAUUCUCCGAAUAUUAGACGGUUACAAUUUUUCACCUGACAGUAUUAAUACUAUUAAUGACACUGUGUUAACAUACCACAGAACCCUGGAGGCAUUUAAAUACGCCUACGCAAGAAGAACAGAGUUAGGAGACCUUAAUUACGUCAACAUAACAUCGUUACUAAAUAAUCUUACAUCUUCGAAAUAUGCUGAACAAAUCAGGAAAAAAAUUGACGACACCACGACAAGCCAAAAACCGGAAGAUUAUGGGGCCGUUUUCUACAAUCAGGAAGACCAUGGGACGGCUCAUAUAUCCGUGUUGGCAGAAAAUGGUGACGCUGUUUCCGCUACAAGUUCCGUAAAUCUUUAUUUUGGUGCUGGUAUAACAUCAAAAUCUACGGGUAUUGUUUUGAACAGUGUGAUGGAUGAUUUUUCGUUUCCUUAUUACAAAAACUAUUUUGGUCUGCCAGGGUCCCCAAGUAAUUCUCUGCAGCCGGGAAAGAGGUCACUGUCAUCCAUGAGUCCCUCCAUAGUAACAGAUAAAAAUGGGGACGUUCGCGUAGUCAUUGGUGCCUCGGGAGGUACCAAAAUUACAACAGCAGUUGCGCUGGUAAUUAUGCGAACAUUAUGGUUUGGACAAAAUAUUAAGGAAGCCAUUGACGCUCCCAGAAUUCAUCAUCAAAUUUAUCCCAUGAAAGUGUCUUAUGAAUAUGGUAACCUACAGCAAGUUGUUGAAGGAUUACAAAAAAAGGGACAUAAAAUGGAACGAUAUUCAGAGAGGGGGUCGAUAAUAUGUGCCUUGCUAAUAAAGAACAGUACUAUUUUUGCAAAUGCGGAUUACAGGAAGGGAGGGGAGGUUUAUGGUUUAGAUUGAAAAUUAAACAAAUGAUUGUUUUAUUGUUAAAAGAAGAUAACAGUUUAUUAUAUUUGCUUGUGGUUUUUGCCAUGAGAUUUUGAACGAUACCGUGCCAAAGGAGAAAAACACCCCGUAGAUGAAUUUUACUAGAUUUUAAAUAAAAUAAUAUUAACCAGUUUCAAAUUAUUUAUAUGUUAAAUUAAUUGUUACAAUAAACCAUAUUACAUUCA